AUGAAUUUAUUAGAUUUGAUUUAAGUUGAAGUAAUAUGUAGGAUUAUCUAGGUUACUAAUUACUUUCCAAAAUUGAUCAAUAAAUUAACUGAAUUAGGAUAAGAAACUGUUAGCAUAAUUCAGCCAGAAAAUUCAUUAAAAUAAAUCCAAUUCAUUUUUACUAUCUUAGACGAAGUAUUAAAGUAUAAUACAUAUAAUAUUAUUGUAGAGUCUUAAAGGAUUUAAAUCAAUAAUAUGCUUAAUUAGAGGAAUGUCUGUAGAACUAUGAAGGAUAAUGCAGAGAUCAUAUUAGGGUAUCGAAGAGAAAAUUAACAAAUAGACAGAAUAGAGAUUGAAGCUUUAUUGUGAGAAUGUGUAGGACCUAUAUGAUUAAUAGAUUUCUAUUGAAAAAGAUUACAAAUAUUAAAUUCAUGUAUUCAAAACAAACAACAUUUAUUAGAAUUAUUAAAAGGAAAUAACUUUAUUAAAAAAAGAAUUAAAUGAAUCCUAAAAUUUAAGAAGAGAUAAAAAUCAUUUAGAAAAUUCUAAAUAAACUAUUGUAUUAGAAAAUAAAUAUAGAUCCUCCAUUUUCUAAAAUGGAUUUUAAAAUUAAACAUUUGCUAUCAAAUUAAAUAACCGUAAAAAUAGAUCAAUUACUGAAACCUAAGAAAUUUUGACUAAGUAUAUUAAUUAUAUGAUAAUAAGGUCAAAAUAAUCUAUGGAUGAAAGACAAUAUUAAUUAUCUCUUGAUAAAACUUAAGAAAUGAUAAUUAAUAAUGCAAGACCAAAAUCUAGAAUGAAUCCUAAAUAAAAGUCAAUGACUUUAUAACUGACUUCUAUUAAUAAAGGAAAUAUAAUCAAAAAGUCAUGA